ACAUUAACAAUAAAACGCAAUUUGCGUUACACCAAAUAUUAAUCGGGCUUUAUUAACAAGAAAAUACGUAUAUUCAGGAUGGCUAAGCCCAAGGGAUCUCAGAUUCGUCCAUCGCUUAAGCAGAACCUAACUCACUACCACGUGGUUGGUCGUGCUGCUCCUUCAAAGAAGAACCCAAACCCUUUGAUAUAUCGUAUGAACAUUUUCGCUAAGAAUUCGGUACUUGCUAAGGGUCGUUUCUGGUACUUUAUGCGUAAGUUGCAGAAGGCUAAGAGGUCUGGUGGUGAGAUCUUGGCUUGCAAUGUGUUGAAUGAGGUCAAGCCAACUCAAGCUAAGAACUAUGGUGUGUUGUUGCGUUACGAGUGUCGUACUGGUACUCACAACAUGUACAAGGAGUACCGUGACACUACUUUGACUGGUGCUAUUUCUCAGAUGUAUGGUGAGAUGGCUGGUCGUGACCAUGCUCGUGCCAGUUGCAUUCAGAUUAUUCGUGCACGCCAGAUCGCUGACGCUGACUGCCGCAGGACGCGUACAACCCAGUUGCACAACCCCAAGCUGAAGUUCCCUAUCCUUAGGCCUCAGCCUUUCAUUCAGAAGUCGGAGCGUGCAUUGUUCUCUAGAACUAGGCCUUCUCUUGACUACUGAGGACAUUUUUUGUCUUUAAUAAAAUUGAUAGACU